UUUCUACCUUGCAAUAGACUGAAUAGUGUCAACAUUUAGAACGGCGCCCACACUAUUACUGUAUAAACAAUACCUUGAUGCAUUUCUUGCAGUAUUCGAGGGAACAUGGAUGAUAUAGAAAGCUUCUGUGGAGCGUCAGAAAUCUGGGAUGAAACGCUCCUGUCAAACAAUACAUUCCCAGAGUUUACAGACUGUUUCCAGAACACUAUAUUAGUCUGGAUACCAUGUGGAUUUCUAUGGAUUACAGCACCAUGUUACCUUUACGCCCUUCUCAGUUACAAGGGUUCUCCAAGACAACACUCUUUUCUGAACAUUGCAAAGACAUUUAUAAGUGGUAUACUGUUCAUCUUAACAAUAGUGGAUAUCUUCAAAGCAAUCAGUGACCAUAGAGCUAAUCCUACACCAAUAGCUGUGUAUCUGGCUGCAGCAAUAAAACUCCUCUCUUAUUUUCUAACCAUCUGUGAGAUACAACUAGAAAGGAUAAGAGGAUUUGUUACAUCAGGGAUCCUCUUCAUUUUCUGGUUUACCAGUUUAAUAGCAUCAGUAAUACCAUUCUAUACCCUGAUAAUCAAAGAGGUUUACAGUGAUGACAUACUUAGAUUCAGUUUGUUUUUCCUGUAUUUUAUUCUCCUUCUAUCCCAGUUUAUACUUCAUUGUAUUGCAGAGGAGGUGUCGGAGAGCUCUUCUGGCAAAUACAAUAUUGGUAUUAAACCUUGUUUAGAAGUACAGGCUUCAUUUUUGUCCAGAAUUACAUAUUGGUGGAUGAAUGGGCUUAUUAUCACAGGUUAUAAAAAGGAUUUGGAGGAAACAGAUAUUGCAGAUCUCCACCCUAGAGACAAAAGUGACCAAGUUGUUCCAAAUUUUGAAAAAGUAUGGAAGAAAGAAUUAAAGAAACAUGCAGUCAGAGAUAUCAGACCAACUACUUCAACCCCAGUGCCAAGUGCUUCAACCAGUGUUAAACAACGUAAAAUGCAAAGACAGGAUAAAAUACAAGAGGAAACACCAUUUUUGGGAAAUGAGAAUGAGGCUGAUGUGACAAUUAAGGAGGGUGCCAAACCAGAAAAGCCUCAAAACAAGGCAUCCCUCACAAAAACAUUGUUUAAGGUGUAUGGAGUCGACUUGUUUAAAUCCUGGGGAUGUAAAUUGGUAUAUGAUUUUCUACAAUUUACCUCCCCUCUACUACUUAAUGCUUUGAUUGGCUACACAAACAAGAGAAAUGCUGGUCAUCCUGUAUCAGAAUGGCAAGGAUAUAUAUUAGCUGCUGGAUUUUUUGUUGUUGCAAUUUUCCAAUCAACAUUUUUCCAUCAAAAUUUCCAUAUCUCUAUGACAACAGGAAUGAGAGCAAGGUCAGCACUGAUUGCUGCAGUGUUUAAAAAGUCACUGACGAUGAACAAUGAAGCAAGGAAGUCAUCAACAGUUGGAGAAAUUGUCAACUUGAUGUCAGUUGAUUGUCAGAGAUUUCAGGAUGUGGCUGGUCAGUUAUGGAUGAUCUGGUCAGCUCCAUUACAGAUUAUACUUGCCACAGUGUUGUUAUGGCAACAACUUGGUCCCUCUGUAUUAGCAGGAGUGGGAGUCAUGUUAUUACUAAUCCCAAUAAAUAUUGUCAUAUCAACCAAACAACGGAAACUACAGGCAGACCUGAUGAGAUAUAAAGAUAACAGAAUUAAAAUGAUGAAUGAAAUACUUAGUGGUAUGAAGGUAUUGAAGCUGUAUGCUUGGGAAUCCUCUUUUCAAGACAAAGUAACAGCAAUUAGAAAGAAGGAAGUAGAUGUUUUAAGACAAUAUGCCUACCUCAAUGCAUUCAGUUCUUUCUCCUUCACUUGUGCUCCUUUUCUUGUAACAUUAGCCACGUUUGCCACCUACAUUAUGUCAUCCACAGAGAACUAUCUUGAUGCUCAGAAAGCUUUUGUAUCCCUGUCAUUAUUCAAUAUUCUCAGAUUCCCCAUCAAUUUACUGCCAAUGAUGAUCUCAUUCAUGAUACAGACAAAUGUUUCAAUCAAGAGAUUAUCAGCCUUUCUAAAGAGUGGUGAUUUAAACUUAGAUAAUGUACAACAUGAACAGAUUUCCGGAAAAGUGAUCAAAGUAGAGAAUGGAACCUUCACCUGGGACAGUGAAGCACCUCCUGCACUUAAAAACAUUGAUUUAGAGGUAGCUGAGGGAGAAUUAAUUGCUGUAGUAGGAACUGUUGGAUCAGGAAAGUCAUCAUUGAUAUCUGCAUUUCUGGGAGAAAUGGACAAGUUACAAGGAAAGGUCAAUGUUAAGGGGAAAAUAGCAUAUGUACCACAACAGGCAUGGAUACAGAAUGCCACUGUUAAAGAUAAUAUUUUGUUUGGAAGAGAAAUGAACCUGUCAAAAUAUGAUCAAGUGAUUGAAUCUUGUUCUUUGAAAAGAGAUUUUGAAAUCCUAACAGGAGGUGACAUGACAGAGAUUGGUGAGAAGGGAAUAAAUUUGAGUGCUGGCCAGAAACAGAGAAUCAGUUUAGCGAGAGCUGUCUAUAACAAUGCUGAUAUUUACUUGUUGGAUGAUCCACUGAGUGCUGUUGAUUCACAUGUUGGUAAACACAUGUUUAAAAAUGUCUUUGGCAAGAAAGGACUCUUAAAAAAUAAGACAAGAAUUUUAGUAACACAUGGUAUCCAAUGGUUACCAAUGGUUGACAGAGUAAUAGUGUUGGUGGAUGGACAGAUUUCAGAAAUGGGAACAUAUGAGGAGUUAUUAAGUCACGAAGGAGCAUUUGCACAGUUUCUGAAUGCUUAUUUCACUGAGGUCAAAGAGGAGGAUGAGGAGGUUGACCUUGAUAAUGAUCCUGAAGUGAUUGAAGAAAAGUGUCGUAUCCUUGAAAGAUUUCAGAGUGUGACACAUGAAAAAUGUUGGUUUGACAAGGGAAAGCAAACUGAAAGGAGGGCAGAUAAGUUACAGAAGAAGGCUAAGUUAAUAAGAACAAUCUCUAUGAUAGACCAGAGUGCCUUACCUUCUACAGAGAAUAAAGUGAAACAACCAGAGAAAAAAGUGGACAAAUUAAUUGAGAAGGAGAAAGAAGGACAAGGAAAGAUUGAAUGGAAGGUUUUCAUGUCAUACUUUAGAGCAGUAGGGAUUCCCGCUAUGGUCAUUAUCUUCCUGUUAUUUUCGGUUUACCAAGGAACCAGUAUUUUUGCUAACAUUUGGCUCAGCUGGUGGAGUGACGAUGAUCUGUUAGCUAAUAGAACUUUAUCCAACACAACUUUAUAUUCUGAUAGAAAUACAAUGUAUUUAGGAGUGUAUGGAGGUCUUGGAGUAGUGCAAGCUGUUUUGAUAUUGAUAUAUUCACUGCUUGGUACUCUGUCUUAUCUGAAAGCUGCUGCUAAACUUCAUCACAACAUGCUUGUCGGCAUCAUGAGAGCUCCAAUGUCAUUCUUUGACACCACACCAUCUGGGAGAAUUGUGAAUCGUUUCUCUGGAGAUGUACAGACUAUUGAUGUGACCUUGCCAAUGACCUUUAGAAUGUGGAUCAUGAUUGCCUUCCAGACAUUAAGCACAGUGAUUGUUAUAUCAAUCAGUACACCUAUAUUUUUAAGCGUCAUCGUUCCAUUGGGAAUAUUUUACUACUUCAUUCAGAGAUUUUAUAUUCCAUCAUCAAGACAGUUGCAGAGACUAGAAUCUACAUCAAAAUCUCCCAUUUUCAACCACUUUAGUGAAACAUUGAGUGGAGCUACAAGUCUGAGGGCAUAUAAAGCACAGGACAGAUUCAUCCAGGAAUCACUCUACAGAGUGGACAAAAAUAUUAGUUACUAUUUCACUAAAAUAGCUUCACAGAGAUGGCUGGGAUGGAGAUUAGAGUUGAUAGGGAAUCUCAUUGUAUUUGCAGCAGCAUUAUUUGCUGUGUUGACACCAAAUGUAGAAGGAGGGGUUGUAGGCUUGUCGAUAUCUUAUGCUUUACAGAUAACUGGUGCUCUGAAUAUGUUUGUGAGGACCUCUAGUGACCUUGAAUCUAAUGUAGUAUCUGUUGAGAGAACUAAAGAGUAUGCUGAAGUGGAAAGGGAGGCCGAAUGGAUAAAUCCUAACAAGAGACCCCCAUCAGACUGGCCUGUUUCAGGAGAGUGUAAAUUUGAGAAUUACCAGACGAGAUACAGAGCUGGAUUAGAUUUAGUGAUAAGAGGAAUCACAUGUAAUAUUGCUGGAGGACAAAAGGUUGGAAUUGUGGGUAGAACUGGUGCUGGAAAGUCUUCCUUGGCAAUGGCAUUGUUCCGUCUCAUUGAGUCUGCCGAGGGUAAAAUCAUUAUUGAUGGAGAAUGUAUUGCUGAAAUGGGAUUACAUGAUCUUCGUCAAAAACUAACAAUCCUUCCUCAGGACCCUGUUUUAUUUUCUGGAUCUCUCAGAAUGAACCUUGACCCAAUUGAGGAAUACAGUGAUGAACAGUUAUGGAAAUCAUUGGAGCAUGCCCAUUUAAAAAAUUAUGUUGAAGGUCUAGCUGAUAAAUUAGACUAUGAAUGUGGUGAAGGAGGGCAAAAUCUCAGUGUUGGUCAAAGACAGUUGGUCUGCUUGGGUCGUUCCUUACUUCACAAAACUAAGAUACUGAUUCUAGAUGAGGCCACAGCUGCUGUUGACAUGGAAACAGAUGAGUUAAUUCAGAAAACAAUUCGCUCUGAGUUUAAAGAUUGUACUAUACUUACCAUUGCUCACAGACUUAAUACAAUUUUGGAUUAUGAUAAGGUUAUGGUUUUAGAUCAGGGGAAAAUUGCAGAGUUUGAUGGACCAAAUGAAUUAUUAGAGGACAAGAAUUCAAUAUUUCAUGGAAUGGCUAAGGCAGCUAAUAUUGUAUCUUAAAUAGUUUUUAAAAACUAACAGACUUGAGGAUAUUUUGUCAGAACAAAUUAAUGUCCUUGGUAUAUUUGUGUGCCAUAGAAUUGUAUCAUGUUUAUUUUGCAAUUUGAAAAGACAUGAACUAUUUAUGCAUUGCAUGUUAUUCAAUAUGGUUUAAAGGCCAGUCUGAAAAUCAAAAAAAAAAAUUAGCAGUAUUGUCUAACUACUCCACCAUUGAUGUCAUUGUUGUGUUAUAUCAUUGUUAAACGAUAUUUGUUUUGUUAGGCAGCUUUAUGUCAGUUUAUUUUAUUGUAUGUAGUUAUAUAUAAGAUAUUUAAAAUCAACUAAAACUUGUUUUUGUAAGAAACUGUAAACUACUAAAAUGUUCAGUUAUUGAAAUAGGCAAAGAACUGAUCUGAUGCAGUAUUCUGUUAUUUAAAAUAUUCAGUUAUUAACCUAGGCGCAAAAAAAACGAUUGGACAAGAACUGUCAUAUUCCUGACUUAGAAGGGGCAUUUUCAAAUGUAGAAAAUAAUUUGCAUUAUUUCCUGUGCUUGAAAUUUUUAAUGAAUUCCAUGUUUAUUCUGUAUUAUAAUGUUGUGUGCGGCGCACAACACUUUCUAUUACAAAGGAGAUAGCACAUUUUCAAUAGAAUGUGCUGUGCCACGCACUACACUAUCUAUUCAAAAUACACUGUAGAAAGUGUCAUUCACUGCACAAAACAUAUUAAUACAGAAUAAACAUGGAAUUUAUCAAAUAUUUCCAACACAAGAAAUUAUGCAAAUUCCAUAAUUAAAAAUAAUUCCAAGUUCAAAUAAUAGCCUGUCCUAAGGCAAACUACUGAAAUAUUCAGUUAUUAAUCUAGGGAAACAACUUAUAUCUUCAGUCAGUUGCCAAGGUUAACAAUUUGAAUAGGAUCCCUUUGUUUUUUUUGGGAAAAGUAUAACUUUUUUAUUAUUGUCUGGUUUUGUUCUACUGUUAGACAAUGGAUCUUUGGAAAGUAGUUUUACCUGAUACUAAAUACAUUUCUGUCUGUGAACAAACAGAGGCUUAAACUUGUGCAGAA